AUGGGCUCCAUCGCCUCUCGGCCCGUUCGAAGCAUUACCAAGUUCAGACCUCUAGCCGUUCAAACUACUCUCUGGCUCGCCCGCCUGACCGAGAUCCUUUCCUGGCUCAAAAACCGCAUACCCUCCCGUCCCGUCAAAACCUACCCCACGCUCUCGGAGCCAGGCCCGCAUAUACCGGUCGAAGCCCCUCCCGUUGCGAAAUAUCUUUGCGGAGACCAAAUCGAUCGAUAUGACUCGGCCUACGCAGAAAUGAGCCUGUCAAAGUGUGAAAGGAUGAGAAGGCAGUCGGCUCCUGAGCCGCCCAGGCUGAGCGGCGCCAACGUUGAUAUGCCUGCGGUCGAUGUAGAUAGUGGCGAGAGGUUAGCUUUGACCGGCGAUCCUUUUCUAUUCUUGUGA